AUGAAUUUGGGGGAUUUGCACAAGGUCUGGGAAAUUAAAGCAUUGAAGAGGAAACCUGGAGAAGAAGAACCAAAAAAAAUCUUAGAGAAAAUAGCCAAACAAGUUCAACCCAUUAUGCGUAAGCAUAAAUGGAGGGUCAAGCUCCUCUCAGCAUUCUGUCCGAAUAAUCCAGCUUUGCUUGGGCUGAAUGUGGGAGCUGGCAUCCACGUGAAGUUAAGGCUACGAAGACCGAACCGGGAUUGGGAUUUUCAUCCCUUCGAUCAAGUUCUUGAUACAAUGCUUCACGAGCUUUGCCAUAAUGCUCAUGGUCCUCAUAAUGCUAAUUUUUACAAGCUCUGGGAUGAGCUUAGAAAGGGAGAGCUUAUCACCAUUAGGGAUGCGCUUAGUCCUAUACAAGCAGUUGCAAUGGCUACUGAAAGGAGAUUGCAGGAUGAUAUCUGGUGUGGUUCCCAUUGCUCUGACAUUACUGAUGAAGAAAGCUAUGCUGAUACUCUGCAGGAUCAUUUGGACUUGGAUCAAGGAGGAGAGAGAUUGAGUAUCAAUGAUGUUUCCAGCAGACAUGCUUUUGGUGGAACCUCUCUUAAACAAAGCCAUGGGCAAGAUAAACCGGAAUCUAGCUUUGUGGAUUUAACUACCCCUCCCGUAUCUAGAUCUUCUAUCAAUGAAGGUGCCAAAUCUCCUAAACGGUUGUAA